UUUUGUUUUGUUUUGUUUUAGACUGCUCUUUUCUGCAAUUCACCCUUUAUAAAUCCCACACACAAACUCUCUCUCGACACUUUACAGGCUUUCUCUCUCACACAGAUGGAUCCGCCCGCGUCGCUUUCUUUGGCAGCCAAAGCGCUCAACAUAACCGCGCCCAGCGGCAGCUCGCCAGCAGCCACACAAGGCGCCGGCGCCUGCCACUCUCCGCGACCAAUUGAAACCAUCCCGCACAGCGUCUACGAAAGCGCAGCCAAGCACGUGCAGUCGCACCUGGCGGCCAACACAGCCAUCCCGCAGGUGGCCAUAAUGUGCGGCCGGGGGCUGCAGGGCACGGCGGAUAAGCUCGAGGGCCCAAUCACAAUAAUUCCAUUCACAAGCAUCCCCGGCUUCGCGAUCAGCACGGCGAUCAGCACAGCGGGUAAGCUGGUGUUUGGCGAGAUCCUGUGUAUUGUCGGCCGGUGCCACUACUACGAGGGCUACGCAAUGAAGCAGAUUACGUUUCCAGUGCGUGUGCUGGCGCUUUUGGGCGUGCGCACGCUGGUGCAUGCACAACACCUACACUUUUCUCUGCGUAAGCUGGCUUUCUCGGUGUACUUGGAGGACAAGGAUAUGCUGAAACGCGGCGUGCGGCUGAAGGAGGCUGUGUACUGCUACACUACGGGCCCGUCGAGCGAAACCAGGGCCGAGUGCAUGGCGCUCAGGGCGCUUGGCGCUGAGGUCGUUGGGUCGUCGACUGUGCCGGAAGUUAUUGUUGCGCACCAUGCGGGCUGGAUCGUGGCGGCCCAGGGCGCAGAGCCUAGUGCUGAGGACGCGGUGCGUGCGCAGAUGGAGGGGAGGGCGACGCCUGCGCUGGACAGCGACGAUGAUCUGCGCAUGGGUCUGCCACGGAAGGGCGGCCAGAGACCAAAUGAGCUGAAUCACCUGGUCCAGCGCAUUGUUGAGCGGCUGUGAAUGUCCACUUUUCCUUGUAGAUUUUUUGUUUUUUUUGUUGAGUAAAAAAGGCUUGAACGUUU